UGGGCGGAGGGAGCGAGUACUGAGCUGAGACAAAGGCAGACCAUGUAGGACCUGCGUCUCUGCUUUCAUUCACAGAGCAGCCCAGCAGUGGUGGCGCGGGGUCCUCCCACGCCCGGCUCUCCCUCCCGUUGUUUUGGCUGCUUUUGCUUUGCUUGCCAAUAUGAUGGGCUGCAAGUCCAACUCGCUCACUUGUCUGCAAGGAGGGAAGCCAGCGCUGCCUCUGACCACCACCACGGACUCCACGGCUACACUCAAUAAGCUGGCUCUGGCCACGGGGGGCACUGAGAAAUCCUGGUACCGGUGCAUUUUCCCCUUCGGCAUCGUCUCCCUGGUCAUCGGCGUCGCAGCGACGUGCAUCACCUUCAUCAUCAAUGGGCCGCAGAUGGACAUCGCCAAGGCGGUCUCGGUGGCCACCUUGAUGUUUGGAGUGGGCCUGCUGGUGGCUGCUUACAUCUGCUGGCGGGCCAAGCGGGAAAGGCAGCGGCAGAGGCAGCGAGAGGAGCCCCUCUCCUUAGAGCAGGGAGCCCUAUGAUGCGGGCCUGGGGAGGUGCGGAGACAAUACCCCAACCGGUAGACCCAGGCUGGUGACAUCUCCCUUCUUCCUGCACCCCAUGGUGGAGGUGGGGGGCUCUGUGGACCACACCAGCACUUGAGAGCCUGGCUCCUGCCCGCCCUUGUUUGCUGCCUGAGCCGAGCCAUGUCACCGCCAGUACAAGUGCAGCCCCGGUCCCCAGGAAGGAUUAUAAGUCACCUCUGCAAGCAGCAGGGAGGCGCGGCUGGCGACACAGCAGACUCUCCCGACAAGCUCACUUUCGAAGAGCAACAGGCUCUGGGUGGAAGUGUUGGAACUAGCUUGAGAAAGUCACCGGAGAAAGCGGAGCUGCCAGUCUCCGCGUCCACUCACAGCACUUCUAAAGAGCGGCUUUGUCUCGAGCUGAGAACCGCGGCACUGGAGAUCUGACACCUGCAAGGAACCUGGCUCCAUCCAACUGAAAUUUUCCAAGAAGCUGCUGAGCUGGGGCCGAGUUACAGAACUAGUGCCCUAUGUCUCUGCUUUUGUCUCUGGUGCAUGGCGGGGGGAAGAGGGCUGAAAGAGCCUCGAAAUGCUUGGAUUGGUGUCAAAAAGACAUUGGUCAUACCCCUUCUCCAAGAGAACCACGAUGCCCCGGACCAAAGGCCAUUAUUGGAUUUUCAGAAUGAAUCUGUUCUUCCCCUGAAGUGCUACAUAUGCCAUCCGAG